CUGUGGGUCACUGGUCUCAGGAAGUCUUGAGGCUCUAUGACAGUCUGUCAUUAACUGUCUGUCAUCAUUCAGUCAGUAUGGAGCUCAGUCAACUUCCUCUUGUCCUCUUGUUGAUUUCAAGCAUCAAUUCUGGACGCACUGAAGAAACACCAAAGCCCAAAGUGAGUAUCAAACCUGAUCAGCAUGUAUUCAGAAGAGACACAGUCACUCUCAGAUGUGACAUUGAUGCUGAAGGAGUCACUAGAUGGAAGUACCGCUGGUAUAAAGAUGGUUCAGUCAUUGUUUUCAGUAAACUGCAAGAACACACAUUCAGGUCUGUUACUGAGUCUGAUGAGGGUAAAUACUCCUGUUAUGGAGCAGAGAGAGAAGGAUCACUCAGAUCACAGAUCAGUGAUGAAGUUACACUGAUAGUAUCAGAUUUACCCAAACCAACUGUGAUUGUUGAGCCACAAAGUUCAGUGUUCACUGGAGACUCAGUUACACUGAGAUGUGAGGUGAAUCAAACUUGGGUUAGAUGGGAGUUUCUCUGGAUAAAAGACUCAAACACUCAACUGACUGAUACUGCAACUAAAACAAUUGAUUCAGUGAAAGUUUCUGAUGGAGGAGAGUACACGUGCAGAGCACGAAGGGAAGGAUAUUACACACAUUUCAGUGAACCAGUAACACUGACAAUAUAUGAAAGACCAAAAGCCAAAGUGAGCAUUAAACCUGAUCAACAUGUAUUCAGAGGAGAGACAGUCACUCUCAGAUGUGACAUUGAUGCUGAAGGAGUCACUAUCUGGAAGUACAGCUGGUAUAAAGACGGUUCAGUCAGUGUUUUCAGUGAAGGACAGGAACACACAUUCAGGUCUGUUACUGAGUCUGAUGAGGGUAAAUACUCCUGUUAUGGAGCAGAGAGAGAAGGAUCACGAACAUCAAUCAUCAGUGAUGAAGUGACACUGACAGUAUCAGAUAGAGCCCAGACAGUUUUAAGUGUUUCUCCUCAGAAGUGGUUGACUGAAGGAGAUCCAGUGACUCUGAUCUGUGAGGUUAAAGGUUCAUCUACAGGCUGGACAUUCAAAUGGUGCACUGUUUAUUCCAACUAUCAAUUGCAGUUAGACAGCAGCAGAGGAGCUGGAGGAAACUACACUGUCAGUUCUGCUGCUCUAAAACACACAGGAGUUUAUGUGUGUAGAGCAGAGAGAGGAAAACCAGCAUAUAGUACAACCACCAGCAACAAUCAACCUCUAUGGGUCACUGGUGUUUCUCCUCCAGUCUCUCUGAUCAUCAGUCCAAACAGAACUCAACACUUCACAUCUGUCUCUCUCUCUCUGAGCUGUGAGGACCAGAGUAACUCUGAUAGAUGGAGAGUGAGAAGAUACACAGAUAGUGGACAUCUAGAAGAUUGUUCAUCAUCAGUGUGGGGAUCACAAGUAGGUUACUCUUGCAACUAUCAAGAACACAACUGCAAUUCAGUUGUGAGAGGUAUAUGGUCAAAUAUUAACAUCACAACCAUUUAUAAUCAUUGCAAGUUUACUCUGUUUUUAGUUGGUUUGAUUCUGGAGAGUCCUGUUCAUCCUGUGACUGAAGGAGAUUCUCUGACUCUACGCUGUUUAUAUCAACGUUCAACCCCACCAGACCUCAGAGCUGAUUUCUAUAAAGAUGGAUCACUCAUCCAGAGUCAAACUACAGAGAUGAUCAUCUCUGAUGUCUCAAAGUCACAUGAGGGUUUCUACUACUGCAAACACCCAGAGAGAGGAGAGUCACCCAAGAGCUGGAUCUCAGUCAGAGUGUCUCACUGAGAAUCUCAGAUCUCUGUCCUUCACACACUCAGUUCUGUUCUGGCAGUUUGUCCAUAUCUACUAGUGACAGUCGUGUUCAUCUUCAAAUGCUGCAGGAUGAGAGGUAUAACACCAGAGUGA